AAAUAUUCAUUCAGACUUGACUUGUUUUAAAUAUGUUGAUCUCAUCUUGGCCAUUGCAAGGGCCAAGGAGGAGUCAACGAGCAACAAUUUUGCAUUGUACACAGUUGAUCAUGUUGAUGGCGAAUGGUGCCACCGAGGAACAAAGGAGCAGCAACAAGUACGAUGUUUUUCUCAGUUUUGCAGGUAUAGACAACCGCUACACCUUCACCGGUAAUCUCUACAACGCCUUGCGCAGCAAGAGAAUCAACACCUUUUUCAAUGAAAAUGGUGAUACCAAAGCUCUUGAAGCAAUUAAAGAAUCGAGGAUUUCGAUCGUUGUGCUCUCCCCAAACUAUGCAUCCUCCUCAUGGAGGCUUGAUGAACUUGUGACCAUCCUUGAGUGUAUGAAAACCAAGGGCCAACUGGUGUGGCCCAUCUAUUACGAAGUGGAACCGUCGGAAGUAAGGCGUCAGAGCGGUAUCUAUGGCGAAGCCAUGUCUGAAUUUGAACAAAAAUUUGGACAUGAGAGUGAGAUGGUGUGGAAAUGGAGGAGUGCUUUGACUGAAGUCAGCAGCUUGAGUGGAUGGGUUUACGAAACUGGGUACGAAUAUAAAUUCAUCCGAAAGAUUGUGCGAUUAGCAGUGGAAUCUUUGCCCCGAUAUGAUGUUUUCCUGAGUUUUAGCGGAGAAGAUACUCGCUACUCUUUCACAGGUUUUCUCUAUAAUGCCUUUAGGCGGGAGGGGUUCAAUAUCUUCAUGGAUGAUGAGGGAUUGGAGGGUGGCAACCAAAUUUCAGAAACUCUCAUGCGAGCAAUUGAAAUGUCAAGACUUUCAAUUGUCGUCUUCUCUGAAAACUAUGCAUAUUCCACGUGGUGUCUUGAUGAACUUGCCAAGAUCAUCGAGUGCAAGAAGACCAAGAAUCAGAUGGUUUGGCCAAUAUUUCACUAUGUGGAAAAGUCUGAUGUGUGCAAUCAAACAAAAAGUUAUGGUGAAGCCAUGGCUGCACAUGAAGAAAGAUUUGGAAAGGACUCUGAGAAGGUGCAAAACUGGAGGUCUGCUUUGUCUGAAAUUGCCAACUUGGAUGGACACCAUUUCAGAGAAAAUGAGUACCAAUAUGAAUUUAUCGAAAGGGUUGUGGAUCUGGCCAUUGCUAUCGGGAAUCAGUAGCAUAUACCAAGUCCUUGCUCGAAAGACAGCUACAAAGAAGAAUGAAUGAAAUUAAGCAGAGUAACUACCUGAUAAUGAUAUUAGCAACUACCCUUCAAUUUGUUUGUUCUCGCCAGUGUUGUUUCUACGUUCUGUUCAACUUUUAAGACCGAUUGUCUUCCUUGUUAGUGCUGUUUUAAUUCUUGAACUCUGAUGCGUUUUCCUACAUGAUUUAUCUUCAUUAUAAAGCAUAAGAGGUGCUAUUUAAGCAUAUUGGCAUUA